AUGGUGUUCUUCAAGAAGGAUAAGCGUAAGCUCGAGCACCUUAAGAAGGACAUCGAUAUCGAUGAUCACCAAAUUCCACUUGAAGUACUACUUGAACGACUGAAGACUUGUAAAGAUUCUAGCUUAAGCAACUUUUUAAAAAGCCGAUUUGAGGGUUUAUCGACUGACGAAGCCGCUCGAAGGCUACGUAUGUAUGGGCCAAACGCUUUGACACCGCCUUAUAAAACGCCCACAUGGCUGUACUUGGCAAUCACGUUGGCAACUGUGGUGACGAUUACUGGUUUGUUUUCAUUUUAUCAAGAAGCGAAAAGCGGAAACAUUAUGAGUUCAUUUGCUAGCAUGAUUCCUACAAUGGCGCAUGUGAUCCGAGACAGUAAAAUAAUGGAUGUCAAAGUCGAGGAUCUGGUGAUUGGAGAUGUCGUUGAAAUCGUUGGUGGAGACAAAGUGCCAGCUGAUCUAAGAAUUUUUCACGCAAGAGGACUAAAGGUAGAUAACUCAUCCUUGACCGGUGAGUCGGAGCCUCAGGUUCGAACUCCCGAAUUCACUCAUAAGAAUCCUCUUGAGUCCAAAAAUGUGGCUAUGUUCUCGACUAAUGUGCUGGAAGGAAGUGGGCGAGGUGUUGUCAUUCUCACAGCAGACAAUACGGUGGUCGGCAGAAUUGCGGCUCUCACCGCGCACGUAUCAUCGGGUCCAAGUCCUAUCGCCAAGGAGAUUUAUCACUUUAUUCAUAUUAUCACGAUUGUUGCAUUGAGCGUUGGUGUGACAUUCUUUGUAUUGUCCAUCAUUUACGGCUAUACACUCAUUCACGCGCUCAUCUUUUUCAUGGGGAUUGUCGUUGCCAAUGUUCCCGAAGGAAUUGUGGCCACAGUUACGGUGUGUCUUACCUUAACAGCCGUCAAAAUGCGUCGAAAGAACUGUUUGGUGAAAAAUCUCGAAGCUGUCGAGACACUGGGUUCUACGUCCACAAUUUGUUCGGACAAAACAGGAACACUCACUCAGAAUCGCAUGACUAACGAGGACUUUUCGGUGCCUCUUGCACGGCGAGAAGUGACCGGCGACGCUUCCGAAGUGGCAAUUAUGAAGUACUGCGAGCUUAUCCUCGGCGAUGGAGGCACGAAAAAAAUGCGCGACAAAGUACCGAAAGUUGUCGAAAUUCCCUUCAACUCAACCAAUAAAUAUCAGGUCUCGAUCCAUCGAAAUGGCAAUCAAUUUUUGUUGGCUAUGAAGGGGGCACCAGAGAAAAUAUUGAAAGCUUGUUCGACCUUGAUGAUAGAUGGCAACGAGAUUGCAAAAGAUACUAAAUUCGAACAGGACUUCGUGAAGGUCUACGAACAACUGGGCGGGUUCGGAGAACGAGUGCUUGGUUUUUGUGAUUUAGAGCUCGAUCCAGAAAAGUUUCCACCCAACUACGUAUUUGACACGGAAAAACCAAAUUUUCCUCUUACAAAUCUACGAUUUCUUGGAUUGAUUUCUAUGAUCGAUCCACCGCGGCCCGGUGUCCCACAAGCUGUACAGCUUUGUCAGUCGGCCGGCAUUAAGGUAGUGAUGGUUACUGGCGAUCAUCCCAUUACAGCGAAAGCAAUCGCACGUCAAGUUCACAUUAUUUCUAGGAAAGCCCGUGUACGCUUCACUAGUUUUCAGCUGCAACCUACAACGGCAAUAAUAGUUCAUGGCGAGCAGCUUAAGCAACUCAGCGGCAGGACGUUGCGAGAAAUUGUCAGCCAUUACCGACAAGUCGUGUUUGCACGAACGUCUCCAACUCAGAAGCUGCAAAUUGUUGAAGCUUAUCAGAACACGAAAGAAGUCGUUGGUGUCACUGGUGAUGGUGUAAACGAUGCGCCAGCACUACGUAAAGCUGAUAUUGGAAUUGCUAUGGGUAUUGUUGGUACGGAUGUCUCGAAGCAGGCUGCUGAUAUGAUUCUUCUAAACGAUAAUUUUGCAUCGAUUGUAACCGGUAUCGAGGAAGGCCGACUUAUUUUUGACAAUCUGAAGAAGAGUAUCGCUUACACUCUUACUUCGAAUAUUCCCGAAAUUACACCAUUCAUGUGCUAUGUUUUGUUGGGUAUUCCGCUUCCUCUAUCACUCGUCGCCAUCCUCAUGAUUGAUUUAGGAACAGACUUGUGGCCUGCUAUAUCGCUAGCCUAUGAGGUUCCGGAAACGGACAUCAUGGAGAGGCCACCGAGAAAUCCAGACUACGACAGACUUGUCAACGUGAGGUUGGUUUUGUUUGCGUAUCUGCAAGUUGGAGUUUUCCAAAUGUACGCUGGAUUUGUGACAUACUUUGCGAUAAUGAUGGCACAUGGUUGGAAGCCUCUAGAUCUGAUUUACAAGCGAGAACUAUGGGAUUGUGAGACGUUGAACGAUUUGGAGGACAGUUAUGGACAGCAAUGGAGUUAUGCCGCCCGCAAAGGUCUGGAGGCAAGCUGUCAUAGCGGCUACUUUUUCGCUGUCGUCGCACUUCAGUGGUCUGACGGUUUGAUAUCGAAGACGAGAAAGAACUCCAUAGUGAUGCAGGGCAUUGAGUGGGUCAUAGACAAAAAUUAUUGA